GGUGUGGUACUGAAAGUGGUGUUGUGGAGGGGGAUGGACGAAGAGUUACGGAGAAACAAAACACGAAGCCUUGCAUAUAUAGGCGCCGAGUGGUUUCUGUUGGCUCCGGUAUAAAGCCUUCCACUCGAAUCCUUUCCCAGCAACCCAACCAACUUUUACCCCAUCCACCACCAUCCACCAACACUACAAGCUUUACCUACCAAAAGUACUCAUCUACAAUCCAGUCUCCUGCAGUCAAGCCUGAAUUGAAAAUCAUGCAACUGCGGUCCGGUAGAGAGGCCCAGCCUGACCAGCCCGGUCCCACCAACAAGCGCAAACGAGGCGAAAAUGCUUACCCAAAUGCCCCCAGAGCGAAGCAGCCCAAGUUGGCCCCUAUAAAGCGUAGACGUAGAAAAGCCAACAAAACAGUUCCUGACGAGCCUUGGGCACCGACGGGACCAUUUCGGUUUCUCGAUCUCCCCAGGGAGCUUCGUGAUAUGGUCUACGGCCACAUCUUCAACCCACUCAAUGGUGCGGUCUCAAAGUUCGAUUCACCGAUCAUCAUUCAGGCUGCCUGUGGCGAACGGGUAGUGUACGACCAUAGCGGGUUUCGGCUCAAACAGGGCCAUGCAAUCGUUCAGUCCUGCAAGCAAGUGUGCAAUGAGGUGAAAGACACCAUAUACGGCCUGAACGGAGAUAAGAUUCCCCUUCCAAGUGACGCAGUGAAUGGAGGCAUGGAAGGCGCUUUCAUGGUCCAUGACUUCUUAGUUUCUUAGUUCGCCCACCACCCCCCCUCCCCCCAACCUAAACUACCCCCGCCCUUAUCUGUACAGUAUUGGACAGACGAUUCGAUACGGAUGGGACCUCACUUCGAUUCGCAAGCUGA